CCCUCUGUACCUCUGGACUCACAGGUUGAUGGGGAGAGUGAAGCGGGUGUAGACGCGUUGUAGAUGAGCUACCAACGGAGUCUAAUGUUUAACCGUUUUUUAUACUGUUUUUUUACUCUGUUUUAUAAUCAUCUUGUAUCUCUUUAUUACUUCGCGGCUGUUUCGCUGCUUUACGGUCGGACUCGUGUAUCCUUGGCAACACAAUCAACUGUCCUGCGAAGUUUGGAGCAAGUGUUUCACGUCGUCCCGGGGAAAAAAAACUGGAUAUUUACUCGUUAAACUAACGGAACCGGGUCUGGACCGCGCUUGGAAGUGUUUAGAAGUGUUUCUGCUCGCGUUUGACUGUUUAACGUUUCAUACCGAGUGUCCAGGGAAACGGGACAGCGCGAGACAAUAGUGGUGCGAAAGAAGGGAGCGCGUGCAGGAGUGGAGGAGUGGUGGGGGAAUCGAUGCCUCGCGGGGCUUUGUUCUGGACACUAGCCUGCCGCGGAUAUCGACUGAUCGAUCAGGUGGAUUGAUGAGUGACUGGUGACCGAACAUGGACGUGACUCUGUCGGAGCUGCUGGCCUCUUUCAUGGAGUCGCCGCUGGUGGUGUGGAUUCGAACGCUGGGUCCGUUGGGUUCAUGUGACAACGUGGGCUCGGAGGAGCGGGUCAGCAUGUUCAUGGAGCUGGUGGACGGCGUCUUCCUGCACAAGAUCAUGACACAUAUCGACCCGAGUCCCACCAAUCAGAGGUUGAACAAGAAUGUGAACAACGACGUGUCACUGCGUCUCUACAACCUCACCGUUCUCACCAGACACAUCAGGACGUACUACCAGGAGACCCUGCAGCAGUUGAUUGUCAUGCCCCUUCCCAACAUCCUCCUCAUCGCCAAGGAUCCGCUGUCAGCGAAAAGCAUGGAGGAGCUGAAAAGACUUCUGCUGCUCAUACUCGGCUGCGCUGUGCAGUGUGAGCGUAAGGAAGAGAUGAUAGAGAAGAUCAAGCUGCUGGACAUUGAGACUCAAGCUGCCAUCGUGUCUCACAUCCAGGAGGUGACACACAAUCAGCUGAAUGUUCUGGACUUGUCCUGGAUGGACGAAGGAGCCGAACUCUCUCAUGAGGAGCUGGAGCCGCUGUCCCGCAGCAUGGCGGCGUCGCUACGGCAACUCAUCGACCAGCGGGACAAAGCCACAGAGGUGAUUGUAGAUCUCACCCAAGAGAGGGACUACUUCUCCAGUCAGCAGCCCCAGGAAGGGUGCAGGAACCUGGGCAUGAGCAGCUCGGAGCAUGGGCCGAACGGCAGAGACGUGAACAAAGGAGGACUGAGUGUGUCGGGUCUGACCAAGGAGGAGAGGCAGCAUCUGUCUGUGGAGCUCGCCGACACCAAAGCCAAACUCCGCAGAUACAGACAAGAACUGGAGGAGAAGACGGAGCAGCUGAUGGAUUCAAAACACGAAGUGGAGCGUCAGGAUCAGGAGUUACAGCGACUGAAGCAGGAGAACCAGUCGCUGUCCUGCGAGGCCCGGUCGGUUCGAGUGUACCGGGACGAGGUGGACUCGCUGAGGGAGCGAGCGGCUCGAGUCGACCGACUGGAGACUGAACUCAGCAGAUGUAAAGAAAAACUCAACGAUGUCCAUUUCUACAAAUCCAGAGUGGAGGAGCUCCGUGAGGACAACCUGACUCUGCUGGAGACCAAGGUGUUGUUGGAGGAGCAGCUGUCGGCCUCCAGGGGGCGCUGUGAUAAACUGCACACACUAGAGAAGGACAAUCUGUUACUGCGAGCUAAAAUACACGACCUGGAAAUGGAGCGAGACAACGAGCGGCGGAGGCUGGAGGAGCUGGUGGAGGAGAACAUGCUGCUGGAGAUCGGACAGAAGCAGAGCAUGAAUGAGUCGGCUCACCUGGGCUGGGAGCUGGAGCAGCUGGCCAAGAACCACGACAACGCUAACACAGAGACUCGCAAGUCUUUGGUCCACGAGCUGAACGAGUGCGUCUCCAGUCGGAUGUUGAAGCUGGAGAAGGAGAACCGGGAGCUGCAGGCCUCCAUCGAGAGACUGAAGGAGGAGAACCACCUCCUGCAGGAGCAGCAGCUCCACACCCAGGAGCUGGACAGGGAGAACCAGAGUCUCAGCAACAAGCUGGAGCGUCUGCAGGGAUUACUGGACCAGGAGAGGCUGACCACUCAGGACAUGGAGUCUCUGGGGGAGGAGUUACUGAAGGAGAAGCAGAGUCUGGAACGGGAGAUGCACGCUCUGCGGGCGGAGAAGGAUCGACAGAUCUCAGAGCUGGAGAGUGAGAAGCAGCACCUGUCUGAGGCGGUGGCGUCCCUUCAGGAGCGCGCUCAGUCCAACAGUGAGGCCAGAGUCCGUGACGUGGAAGCGAAGAACCGUCUGCUGCACCAGAGCAUCACUGACUCCGGCUCCCGAUUGGCCAGUCUGGAGACGCAGCUCAAGGUGGUCAGCGAGGAGGCGGAGAGGCUGCAGGAGCGAGCGGGCAGGUGCGAGGAGGCAGAGAGGGAGGUGUCUCGCCUGGAAAGGAGCCGGGACGCCCUGAACAGAGAGGUCGCGUCUCUGCGUGCAUGCAGUGAGCACUCAGAGGCUCUGGAGAAGCAGGUGACCUCCUUGGAGCAGGAGGUGCACAAGCUGAAGCGAGAAGCCGAGGAGGCGCAGAAGGAGGUGCAGCGGCUGUCGAAGCACGAAGCAGAAAGCAGCCUGCUGUCAAAGGAAAACCUGGACCUCCGCUGCUCCCUGGAGAACCUGCGCUCCUCAUCUGCUCGCCUGCCCACACUACAGGAGGAGUUAAAGGAGGCACAGAGGGAGACCCAGGAGGUCCAGAGAAGGUUGGAGGAGGCCAGAGAGGAGGCGCAGGGAGAGAGAAAGAGAGCCGAGCGGCUGGAGUCGAGUUUAUCAGCCUUGAACCAGGAGAAGCAUCGUCUAGAGGAGGAGCUGGAGAGGAGCAAGGAGCAGAGGGAGGAGGUGGAGGGAAGGAUGAGGGAGAUACAAAGCAAAGAGGAGGAACUGAGAAGAGAAGUAGGGCAACUGAAGGAGGAGAGGAGAAGAAGAGAGGAAGGAGACGAGGAAAGGAAGAAGCUCCAGCUGGACCUGGAGCAGUCGGAGAAGAGCAGGAAGCACCUGGAGAAGGAGACCUGGAGGAUCCGAACUCUCCUAGAAGGGAAGGAGACAGAGCUGGAGGAGAAAUCCAGCAAACUCACCACAAUGAUGAAGGAGGGCGCAGCGAUGAGGAAGGAGGCCGAGAGACUGAAGGAGGCGGUGGUGAAAGCCAAGGAGCUGGAGCGCGAGAAUAAAGAGCUGCAGAAACAAGCGACCAUGGACAAAAGAACCCUGGUUACACUCAGAGAGGAGCUGGUGUCGGAGAAGCUGAGCAUCCAGCAGCAGAGCGUGGAGUUAGAGAGGCUGAACGAAGAACUGGAGAAGAUCGGACUGAACAGAGAAAAGCUGCUGCAGCAAGAACACACACAGGAGGACAGCAGGUACAGGCUGCUGGAGUCUCGGCUGGAGGAAACCGUCCAGCAGACCAUGAAACUGAAAGAAGAUAAAAUCUCCACUUUGGAAAAGAAACUUGAAGAGAGCAAUACAGUCAACACUACUCUGCGCAGCGAGCUGGCCGCUGUUCGUCAGACGGUGUCGAUGCAGGAAAGUCUGAACUCUCAGCAGCGUUCGGGCAGCGAUGGCGGCGCCACGGCUGAACUGCUGCGAAUCAAAGAUCACCUCAUCGACGUUGAGAAGAAUAACGCCUCCUUGCAGACAGAAAGCAGCCUGCUGAAGGAGCAGCUCAAACAGCUGGAGAACCAGAACGCUUCUCUCAACAACCAGAUGGCGGCGCUGCAGCGGCACACAUCCACCCUGCAGGAGCAGAACUCGGCUUUACACACACAGACGGCAAAGCUGCAGGUGGAGAAUUCCACCAUCUCUUCCCAGAGCGCCUCCCUCAUGGCCCAGAACGCCGUGCUGCAGGGUCAGGUCACUGCCUUAGAGACGGAGGUGGAGUCAUGGCAGCGGCAGCGUGAGGAGGCGUGGCGAGCUAGAGAGAGCAUGCACAGCGACCACGAGCGCCUGCUGAGCGUCCACGAGAGGCAAGCUCACGAGUACGAGCAGCUGAUCAGUCAGCACGCGGCGCUGAAGGGCAAACAGAGGACGCUGGAGAGCGAGCACAGGACGCUGCACGGCAAGUACUGUACGCUGCUGCAGCUGAAGGAGAAGUGGGAGGAGCAUGAGGGGCGUGGUCAGAAAGAAAAGGAGGAGUUGAAGCAGGAGAUCCAGAAGACUCGGCUCCUGCAGCAGGAGAAUCUGCAGUUGAAAACUGAAGUGAAUCGACUGACGGAGAUCCAGGCCCAUCACACGGAGCAGAACGAGGGACUCCAUCAGCGUAUCAAUGACCUGAAAAGCUCCUUAGGCUCGUCUCAGCUGGAAGCGAGUCAGUGGAUGGCACGAUACGAUUCACUCAUGGAGCAGCACCAGGGCCUGGACCUCACCAUGACCAAGCUGGACAACCACUGCGAGCUGUUGAGUCGACUAAAGGGGAACUUGGAGGAGGAGAACCACCACCUCCUGAGUCAGAUCAAUCUUCUGAGUCAGCAGAACCACACACUUCUGGAGAGGAGCAUGGAGAGCAAGGAGCUGUACCACCAGGAGCAGAAGCUGUACAUUGAUAAACUGAAUGCUCUUCGUCGCCAAAAAGAGAAACUAGAGGAGAAGAUUAUGGACCAGUACAAGUUCUACGACCCAACACCAAAAAAGAGGAGUCAGUGGGCCGGAGCCAAAGCUUUAGCCAAACUGAUAAAACCCAGAAAGGAGAGCAGCCGGGAGCGAGGCGGCGACAGAGACAAGGAGGUGGACCGAGAGCGAGCCAAGAGCGUCCCGGACAUCCCCCUACCUGCCACGCCCCCUCUCCUGCCACCUGAGACUCCGCCUCCCCCGACACAGCGGGCAUUAAGUGACUCACAAGACCACGCUUAUAGUAACCAUAACAACCACAUCACCAGCCCCAGUCUGGGACCACAGAGUCCAGUUCUGACACCCAUCAGCAGAGCACUGAUACAGACCACCUCACAGCUUUCUGAUUGGUCCACAGGAUUGACGGACAGGGGCCGGGGCACCUAUCGCAGCAGCACCCCUGCAGGCAGCAAUGAAAGUGUUAAUGGAGACGAAGGACAAGGUCAGACCCAGAGGAUCCGCCUGAGCUCCACACCCAACCAUCAGUCAUCCUCUCUGGGGGUUUCUAACAACUCCAGACUGGGACAAGGACCUGGACGCCGGCCCAGAGGUUUGUUUGAUGAAGACACUCGCCACAACAGCUCUGACUCUGUCUUUGGUUCCCAUGGUAACACAGGAGGUCGGCCAGGCUCGGCAGACUUCAGCCACAACACUUCCAGCUCCAACUCCCCCGUCACCGGCAGAGACGUUUCAGAUCGACAGGUUCGGUCAGCCAGCCUCUCCAGUGAUGAUGUCAUCGGCCCCAACCAAUCGCAGCAGAGCCUGUCACGCAGCUCCACCCUCCCGUAUGACCACGCACCCCAGAGAGCCCAACCUCAGCGAGGCGGAGUCAGAACUAAACCACGCCCAUCUUCUCCUGGAAGCGAGAUGGUGACGCUGGAGGAGUUCCUACAGGAGAGCAACCUGCAGUCUCCUCCUGUGGUGUCAACAGGAAGUAGGGAGGACCUGAUGACCGAUUACUUCACCAGAAGCCCCGCCCCUUCAGCUUCCACCGCCAGGGAUCAGGUGACUCCCACCAGCUAUGUCACACCCACCGUUCAGUCAUCCAAUCAGAGACCAGGACAGAGCGUGAAGCCCUCCCCCCGCCAACCCGUUGGCCAAUCCCCUGCCUCGAGCCAGACCAUCACCCAGAGAACUGGCCAAUCACUGAGCAGAGCCUUCAGCCUGGCCUCUGCGGAUCUGCUGCGCUCUAACGGACCAGACAGUUUCCGUGGAAACGACGGCUCUCCCGGACAGUCAGAUGUGGUCGUUCGGCGGCAAGGGGGAGGGACAAACGGGCGCGAGCGGCCCCUGUCUGCUCGCUUUGCGGCGGGUCAGCACACCGAUGGUGGCUUCCUGAAUCCAACCAUCCACCACUCCACCUCCCUCAACCUGCAGACGGAGAGAUACGCAGAGAGGGAGCGGGACAGCAGGGCGGGGAGGACCCCCAUCAGUCGGAACGGCCCCUCAUCCCAGUACCACCAUCGAGGAGAGGUCGCCAUGGUAACACCUGUACGGGCCACACCUGCUGAGGUCUCAGAGUCCAGUGACGUCCUGAGGGAGGGGCGAUCUGGAGACCCCGCCCACUCAAAGAAAGAAGGCGACAGGGUGCGGUGCAGCUCAGCGGAGCGUCCGAAGACGCCGGCUUCGCCUGACCCCAACAACGACCCGCAGACGGUGUGGUACGAGUACGGCUGCGUCUAACUCCUGCCCUCAUCAACAAUACGUUUUUCUAAUGAGGCCAGGGCUCGGUCUAAGUCCUGGAAAAGCAUCUCCAGCUUUUACAAACACCACCAGCUAAUCUGGCUGAUUAGAGUCUUCCUCAGGAAGCCUCAGGAGCUGAAAACUCACCUUAUUAACACUACGGUGGUCUCUGAGGACGAUGCAGUUCCCUCUAAUUUAUUCCCUCUGCUGAUCAUCACCACAAACUGCUUUUAAAAGCAUCUUUUUUUUUUUUACAUAAAUUACUUCAGACCUGCUAUAUGCUACCAAACCUUCAAUCAUGUUUAUGAUUUUAACUCUUACAAUGGCAGUUUGAUUAUUUGAUCAGUUAUUCAUUUUUAAAUAAAAACAUGAAUUAAUUUCUUCAUGAAGAAUAUUAUAGGGGAGGGGUUUUGGUGGUGAUUAGAGUCUAGAACCCAUUCAUUCAUUGGAACAGAAGUAGUGAUUUCUAACACUUUUAUUGGAUUCCACCAGAUUCGUCCGUUUUCCUGUUGGAGGCCGAUUUAGGAAUUUUUGCCAGUUUUAUCUAUGGAACUGUUCGUAUGAGAGAAAGAAAUAAUUUCUGAUCGGCUUUUGCAUUAGAAAUUUUGCAUGCACAAACAACUAGUAAAAAUACCAAGAAUUCCCUGCAUCUGCCUCCAACAGGAAAACAACUGAAUCUGGUCCAAAUAAAAUAUUAAAUAAUAUGUCCAAUUAAAAUUCUCACAAUAAAAAAAUGUUUUAAAGUUUAUGACUCAGAUUAAAAUAUGUAGUUUUAUUGGAAGUGAAUGGGACAUUUUUGGCCACAAAGGCUACCAGAAGGAGUAUCUGAUACAUGAAAAUAUGAACGCAAUCAAAUAAAUUUAGCUUCUAAUCUUCUAAUCACCACCAAACUCCAUCUUAAGUUAAUUAUGUAGAAAAUAAUCCAUGUUAUGUUUUUAUGUAAUACUGCUAAUAAUUAAACUGGCAUUUAAAGGGUUAAAAUCCCCAAAAUGAUCAAAUGUUUUGUAGUUUAACAGGGUCAAAAAUGCAUCAGAAUGUAAAAGGCAUGAGAUGCAAAGUAAAGAAAAACAUGUCCUAAGAGGGCACAAGGGUCCAAAAAAAAGGAUUCCCAGAGGCUGCAGGACUCUGGGAAGCCUGUCUGCAGGACUCUGGGAAGCCUGUCUGCAGGACUCUGCAGGACUCUGGGAAGCCUGUCUGCAGGACUCUGGGAAGCCUGUCUGCAGGACUCUGCAGGACCCUGGGAAGCCUGCCUGCAGGACUCUGGGAAGCUUGCCUGCAGGACUCUGCAGGACUCUUACACUAAGAGCUGGAUCGUCGCUGAGCCGGGACUGAAAACGUUAAACCUGCUGCCAGCAGUUCUGCAGAACUGGAUGCGACCAGAAGCAGCAGCGACUGAAUGUAUCACAUGUCCUUUUUUCUGCUCUACGGAACAAAACACUGGAAAAGACAAGCGAGGCGGGAGGAGACGGGAUGAGGGGUGAGGAGAAGGCAAGAUGAAGAAUAAAUAGGACAGGAGGAGACAGCAGGAGCGAGUGGAUAGAUAAACAGGACAGAGAUGGAGGGGCUCCUCCCUGGUAAAUUACAGUCUCUCCCUCCAUCUUUAGAUUCUGUCCCAGCAUGCAACACUCUGACACUUUACUGGAAAUGUUGCUCGACCCGAGCAAACACUAGUCCCACAAACACACACACAUUUAUAUAUACACACACGUCGCAGAGGCUGUCCCUGAGGGGGUUGGUGGUGGCUUCACAAACCAUCGAGCUGGACUUAAUUCACGCACACUCUGACCACCGGAGGAAACCACUGCUGCUGCACGCUAAGCCAGAGCCAAGUGUCGGCCUCUGAACAUAAAAACAGAAACAUCCACGUGAGUGCAGCUGCUGCACGACUUCAUCAGGAUCAGAGGAAACCGUCUCCUGAACCAGCUCCUCAGUCUGUUUUCUCUUCAGCUGUGUAAACACACAACAAAUAUUCGUUGUUUUCCUGCACAGAAAAUAUUCACGUCUACAUGUUUCCAGCACAGCUGCCAUGUUUGCAUCCAUCCAUCAAAACAAGAUGAUGCUGCUUGGGUUUCUCCAUUUUUAUUUUCUGUAAUACCACACAACUUCUUCUCUACUGGGACCCAUGUUGCCAGAUCUUGUGACAGAAACAAGCAACCCAGUCUAUAAAAACCAAAAGUUAUAUAUAUGAAAAUAACUGAUUUCACUAAAAAUGGAUCUCUGCAGCCCGGAUAACAUCAGAAUAUCUGCAGACGCCACAUGAAGGAGCUUUUCAGGUCGAGUUGAUCAGAAAAGUUCCCGAGCCAGACGUUUUAACCCUUUCAGGUCAUUUUUUCCACCGUUUCUAGUUUAGCCUAACAACUGUUCUGGUUAUGUUUCCCCGUACGGGAAGAUGUUUGGUAAGAAAGCUUUUCUCUUCAAAUUUCAAUUUUUCUUUAAGGUCAGCAAGACAAAUUUACCACCUUUUCACAUAAUUAGAUAAAAAAUUCCUCUCCCAAAAACUGGAAUAAAAUAUUACAUUAAUACUCUUUUUUUCCAGAUUGUUCCAACUUCAAAACUUUUAACCCUUUAAAUGUGAAUCACGUCACUGUUUUCUAUAAAAACAAAGAAAACUAAAUGAGAUUUUCCAUAUUGCAGGUUAAUGGGAUGGACAUUUUAUUUAAAGAGCUGAAUAAUUUUAACUCAUUUUAGUGGGUUUUAAACUGACCAAAGCUCCCAGUUUAAUGUGUAUUUUCUCUUCUAAUAUAAAACUCUGGACUUGUAAUUAAAUUGACGUUUGAAAAGGUUAAAAUACUUUGAAUAACCACAUAUCUGGUAGUUUUUAUGGGAACUGAAGUUGAUUAAAAGAUGGUAAAUCCAUAAGUGGAAAGUGGAAUAAAAUAUUUGUCAUGUUGUUUACAGCCGUUCUUGGGAGACGACGUUUUUAUCCAACCACCUGAAAAAGGUGCAAAAAAGAGAGAUUGUAUGAAACAUCUGGGAAAUAACCAAACGAACAUUUUAGUAGCCGAUGUCGCGCUUUAUGAUCCAGUUAAUGUCUUAAAAUCACAUUUACACGAAGAUUUACUCGUCAGCUGCAGGACAGAUGAGCCUGCUGGACACAGGAGGAUUUUAAUCUGUAGAAGCUCAAAAAACAGAAAAAUGACUGAAGUGGAAAAAGAAAGAAACCUGCAAACAUCCAGAAAGCACUAUAACGAUGAUGAUGAUGAUGAUGUCAGGAAGCAACACUGGAGGUGAGAAGAUGAAGACGAUAUGCAACUAGCUAAGUUAUUUUUCCUGCAACUUUUGUACCUUGUUUAGAUUUUAUGGUGAAAGAGGAUUUUUGUAAAUGUUGUAGUUAAAUGUUUCAUACCAAAAAAUAAAAAAGAUCUUUUAACUGGUAAAAACGCAUAUUUGUAGAUUUUUAAAGGUUUUAUGUUUGCAUGUGAGGCAUCGCAGCUUUAUUACCUCCCAAAGCCCUGCAGGUUUAAUCUCGAUCCCCUUUCAUAUGAAACAAGGCUUGAGAAGCAGCUUCAUGUUCGCUAGCAUCUCCUUCCUGUGUCCACUCCCACAGGCGUGGCAUCCACAGUGAUCCCGCCUCCGCAGCAUCACAGAGGAGAGAGAUGAUGAAGAGGAGGUGUUUCUGGCGUUUCCUGCUCUAACUGGAAUGACUCCUUCACUAAGACUUUCUGGCUGCUGUGAUGUGACUGAAGAUUUCUGUAAAGUUUGUUUGAUUCUGCAGAACAAAAACUUUUAAUAAA